AUGGCCUCAAGGAAUCGGAAGAAAUGUGACUUCUUCGCUCGUGGAAACUGUCGAAAGGGAAAUCAAUGUAAAUUCAUUCAUGACAACCCGGCACCAGCAACUCCUACGCCCACGACUUCACAAGCCACUGCCAGCCCUCGAGGUGCGACCAGCCCGAGAUCUUCUCCAUCUGCACCCCGUCAAGUCUGCAACAUAUUCUGGCAAAGUGGCGCAUGCGAUCGUGGUUUUGAUUGUUCAUUCAAGCACACCCGUAACCCACAAGCAACGCAUACGGCAUCGCGCUCAGCUAUCAACAGUGACGAAGACCCGCCUGAUUUCUAUUCCAUCGACGGGCUCGUUCCAGAUGGCCGUGAACGAACGCAACGAGGAAGCUACGACCCUGCGGAAGUCCACAAUCAUAUCAAACCCUUUUUGAAGGAUAAUUACACUUUUGAAGGACCAAGAAACAUUGAAAGUUUUGUUCGAAUCAUAUCAAGCAUCAAUGAUCACAAUAAAAGCUGGGACAAUGGUAUUACCCGAAUUGGAGAGAUACUGCGCUUCAAGCCUGUCGAUGACUGCACGAAUGUUUUUAGAACCAGUCUUUCUUUCCAACGCGGUUAUUUUCCUAUUCUCGAGUAUCUAUCGUCAAGUCUUGUUCUGAAAAGUACAUGGCACAAGAAUAUCAACCAUUUAUAUACAGUUGUCGAGGACAACUACGAUGAUUUACACGCUGUUGUCGAUUCUUGCAUGAAUUCCAUGAUCAAGCGAAACUCGUGGAGGGAUCCGGGCUCAGCUGCAAACCUCGAUGGCGCGAACGUAUUCAAAACACUGACCACUGUCUUUCUUCAAUAUUUCAAUCGCUUCAAAAGCUCAAUCCGUAACCAUCCUGAAAUUGUCAACCUCGUGCAACAUCUUACAGAGUGGUUUGAUAUUUGGGUUGCUGGCGUGAUGACGAAAUCGCCGGUGCUCUUUGAGGAUCCAAUUACCGACCUUGAUCCUCGCCGUCGAGGGUUAAUCAUAGAUCAAAUUCACGACGAUAUCAAUCGAUUAGUCACGAUUGUUCAAAGAGAGUCAGACCAUGCUACUGUUCUUAAGCGACACACGUCUCGCCCUGCAGUAACUGUGGCGCAGCGGCGCAAUGCCGAAAUCAUGCGCCUUGGGCAAAUCUAUGAUCCCCCUGGUGAACUUAGACCAGAAGGUCCCAGGCAUGACAAUGACUCCAUUGAUAUUGCUGAUAUACGAAUCGCUCCUACUCAAAACGAGCUGCUUUGUGAGAUUUCCCCAUACCUUCCCGCCUUUCUUCCCGAAGCCCAGCAUCACUGUCUGCCAGAUUCAAUGGAACGUCAUCUUGACAUACAAUUUCGUCUCCUUCGCGAAGAGUUGAUCUCGACAAUAAGGUCAUCUAUAAAUGCCGUUUAUCAAGAUCUUCGCGAGAUAUGGGAAUCUCCUGGACAGCGUCGAGAUACAACCAAACUUGAAAAGUUACUUUCCAAAGGCGGUGGAGCAUACAGGACCACUGGUUUAGAUUCUGUUUUUUUCAUGAUUUAUGCCAAUGUUGGUUUUGCUCCUGUUCGUGCCGAACGCCGUGACCUUACGGUUGGGCUUUUGAUCGACCCACCCGCAGGAGCUGCUCGUGAUCCACAGGCAUCAAAACGAGUUGCAUAUUGGAAAAACAGCAGGCGCUUACAAGGAGGCGGACUGGUCGCCCUUCUUGUUGUUUCUAACAAAACUUUAAAGGUCUAUCUUGGGGUUCUUGCAUCCUUCGGCGACGAUAUUGCAGAGUCGUCAAAGGCAUCUGCAGAAAAGGUUCAAGUCAGGAUCACUUUCUUUGAUCCAGAAGUAGAAUUUCGCGCUUUGAAAAGGGAGAAACUUUCAGGAAGCUCGUCGUCGUACGCGUUCCUAGUUGAUGGUUCCGUUAUGUUCGAAGCGUCACGGCCAUUUUUGGAGAGACUUCAAACCAUCGAGCCCACAGAAAUUCCCUUUGGGAACUACAUUUCUUCCAGCAAUUCUCUGGCAGACGUUCAAGUCAAACCGCCUCGCUAUGCCACCAACCCAAGAUUUAAGUACAACCUUCAAUGUUUGGCAAAAGAUCGUGAACAUCGAAUCUCGGACUUGGAUAUUACUCGACCCGAUGCAGUAAACCUUGCCCGUCACCAAAUGCUUGAAUCCAGCACUCUCGAUCCCUCUCAAGUUGAUGCUGUAAUCAACACAUUGACAAGAGAGGUCUCCUUAAUUCAAGGACCACCUGGAACUGGAAAGAGCUUUACUGGUCGGGAAAUUCUGCGCAUUCUUUUUGCCAGCAAAGUACGGCCUAUUGUUCUAAUUGCUUACACCAAUCAUGCUUUAGACCAUUUGCUGAGAGAGGUUCUCGAUGUAGGGAUUACCAAGAGGCUGGUGCGCUUAGGCUCUCGUUCAUCCGAUGAAGUUGUCGCAGAAUACACCUUGGACAAGCUGGAAAAACUUGCCGAAAGAUCCUCCCUACAGCGCUCGAUAGGGAAACAAUAUGCUGUCAUGAAGAGGUUGGAAGAAGAUAUGAGUCGAGUUAUGGAAUCCAUUCAACUACCGAAAGUUUCUGCUCAACAGGUCGAAGAUCACUUAGAUAUCCAUUUUCCGCAAGCAUUAAACGUGUUAUUGUCACCUCCUUUCUGGAUAUCACAGCUGGCUGAAACUUUAUGGGCGGAUGAAGAUACAAACGGAGAGUGGUCCACUGUUCGUGGCAAAGGAAAGCAGCAGGCUGGGGACGUUGUCUCACAUACAUUCUACGAUUUCUGGAAGACGGGUGCAGAUAUAGCCUUUCUGGCUCCAGUUUCCAUGGCGCACUCGCCGAUGCCUACACCUGGCAAAAAAAAGAACAGAGCGGCUAAAUCACAAGGGACUACAGUGCUACAAGAGGACCCAAAAGUUACUCGAUUCUUUGAAACACUUGAAUUCGGUAACAAUCGACCGCAGAUACCCGAUCAGAAUCGACCCCUCACUCGGCUUAGAAAUAGCGAGGACUUGUGGAAAAUGUCGUUGCAAGAGAGGACACGAUUGGCAUUGGCCUGGGAAGAGGACAUUCGUGUUUUGGCUUACAAUAUAAAUCUGGAUCGGUACAAUAGUCUUCGGGAAGACUAUAAAGAAGCAUGCAAAGAAUACAAUGAUAUAAGAGAUGAGACCCGCCGGCGAUUACUUAGUUCUGUUGACCUUAUUGCAUGUACAACAACUGGGGCCGCAAAACUCACUUCGCUCAUUAAUAGCAUUGCUCCACGUGUUUUGAUGGUUGAAGAGGCUGGUCAGGUUCUUGAAGCACAUAUUUUAACGUCCCUUGUCAACUCAAUCCAUCAUCUCAUAUGCAUUGGAGAUCCUCAACAACUUCGCCCAAGCCUUGCGACUUUUGGUUUAUCAAUGGAUAGCGAGCGGGGUAAACAGCUUUUCAAAUUUGACAGGUCGCUCAUGGAAAGACUUGCGGAUUCUGGUCUUCAGAUGACGCAACUCAAUGUUCAACGUCGGAUGCGACCAACUAUAUCUCAUUUUAUUCGACGUAUACUUUAUCCUAACUUGGAAGAUCAUGACAUUGUCAAAACAUAUCCAUCAGUCAGAGGGAUGCAAAAGGACGUCUAUUUCUUGAAUCACAUCCAUCCGGAAGGUGGAUCAGAGGACUCGGUAUCGAAGUAUAACACUUACGAAGUCCAAAUGAUUCGCGAUCUCGUCCUUUACUUUUUGAAGCAAGACAUGUAUAGCGGUCCAGGGGAUAUUGCUGUUCUUUGCGCAUAUUUGGGCCAGCUUCAGAAAGUACGACAGGCACUCAAGGAUUUGAAAAUUGCUGUAUCAGUUGACGAAAGGGAUGAAACCCAACUUUUACAACAAGGUUUGGAAGAAGAAGGUGCAUUCGAGGAAGUCGUUGUGGCCAAGCACAUUCGUCUUGGCACAGUGGACAUUUACCAGGGGCAGGAGGCAAAAAUUGUUAUUGUCUCAUUGGUGCGAAAUACGGGCAACUACGACACCAAGUCAGCGUCCAUAGGAUUUCUAAAGAGUUCAAAUCGGAUAAACGUAGCGCUAUCCAGAGCUAAGCACGGCAUGUAUAUCAUGGGGAAUGCAUCUAACCUGCGUAAAAACACAACAUGGUCAACAAUUCUGGACGAUUUGGAGGACCAGGGGCUUAUUGGACAAGGCUUUCCAAUUAUAUGUGCGCGACAUCCCGACCAGGUCAAUCUUAUAUCAAAACCCGGAGAUCUUGCAUGUAUUGCCACGAGCCAUGCAGGAAGACCCCAUGCCCUCGUGGCCAUCCAUGCCCAAAAGAGUGCUCGGAAAACUGCGGUGAUUGCAUGUUCCCAAUCUACGACGUCACCCUACCUUGUAGCCAUACAGAAAAAAAAGUUCAUUGCUACCUUCUUGAGAAGCUUGAUUCGGUCAAGUGUCCAAAAUUAG